AUGGCUGCUACUCUCUGCUUUUCCACUCUGUUGUUGCUUCUUGCGGCCUUCUUUACCUUUUACUCUCAGGUCAUUGCAGUGGAACCAGUUUCCGAGCUCAAGCUCAGCUCUAGGAUUCUCCAGGAGUCAAUCAUUAAAAAGGUCAAUGAAAACCCCAAGGCUGGAUGGAAAGCUACCUUGAAUCAUCAAUUUUCCAAUUAUACUGUUGGCCAAUUCAAGUAUCUUCUUGGAGUCAAACCAACUCCAAAAGAGGAAUUGAGGGGAAUUCCUGUUAUAAGUCAUCCAAAAUCCUUGAUAUUGCCAAAAGAAUUUGAUGCAAGAACAGCUUGGCCACAGUGUAAUACGAUAGGAAGAAUUCUAGAUCAGGGUCAUUGUGGAUCUUGCUGGGCAUUUGGUGCUGUCGAGUCACUAUCAGAUCGAUUUUGUAUCCAUUUUGGCAUGAACAUAUCUCUGUCGGUCAAUGAUGUCUUAGCAUGCUGUGGCUUUUUGUGCGGACUUGGUUGUGAUGGAGGGUAUCCAAUUUCUGCAUGGAGAUACUUUGUCCAUCAUGGUGUUGUCACCGAGGAGUGUGACCCAUACUUUGAUGAUAUUGGCUGUUCUCACCCUGGUUGUGAGCCUGGAUAUCCCACGCCAAAGUGUGUGCGAAAGUGCGUCAAUAAGAACCAGCUCUGGAAAAAUUCAAAGCACUAUGGUGUCAAGCCAUACAGAAUUGCUUCUGACCCUGACAGUAUCAUGGCAGAAAUUUAUGCGAAUGGGCCAGUUGAGGUUGCCUUUGAUGUUUAUGAGGAUUUUGCUCAUUAUAAAUCGGGAGUCUACAAGCACAUAACAGGUGGUAUGAUGGGAGGCCACGCUGUUAAGCUUAUUGGUUGGGGAACUUCUGAAGACGGGGAGGAUUAUUGGCUUCUUGCUAAUCAGUGGAAUAAAGGCUGGGGUGAUGAUGGUUUCUUCAAGAUUAGAAGGGGAGCAAAUGAGUGUGGUAUUGAAGGGGAUGCGGUUGCUGGCUUGCCCUCGACCAGGAAUCUUGUUAGGGAGGUUGCGAGUACCUAUACUCAUGAGGAUGCUUCGGCUUGA